UAUUAAACCAGCUGAAUGGAAACGCUGUUAUCGGUCCCACCGUGAAUACUUGGACUGAGCUCAGUCAGCAGUGUGUGCGUGCGCGCUCGUGCGUGUGUUUGACUCUCGUUGGGACCGGGUCUCUGAUGUAGACAGGCUGAUCACAGAUCAGAUACAUGCGCUUCAGAUCCAUAAAGCCACCCCCCCUCCGUCCUCCCUCCCUCUCUCUCCCAGCCUUUGAUCUCGGCGCUGAGUUUGUCCUCGAUCUGCUGCUGCCGCGGCUCUGUGUUGAGCUGUGCUGGGCUGGAGCUGCAGCGCUGACAUGGUGAGCAGACCGGUGCGGGAAACACACCACCACACCUCUCGCCGGUCUGCUUUCGACUCUUGAGAAUCGACACUUUGAUCAACAGUCUCCCUUUUUUCUCAGCAGCUGCAAGCUACAAGUGGUCCAUCAAAAUGGUGUGGAUGCUUCAACACACCUUCUCACUUUUACUGACCAUCCAUGUCAUAUAUGCAACUCUGAUUCCUGUGAGGGCCGUGGAGGAGACCAGAGAAUGCAGAGAACAGGAGUACAAGGACCGGUUUGGGAACUGCAAACCCUGCAAACAGUGUGAUGCAGGACAGGAGCUUUCAAAGGAAUGUGGCUUUGGUUAUGGAGAGGAUGCCCGGUGCGUGCCCUGCCGGAGCAGUCGCUUCAAAGAGGACCGGAGCCUGCAGAAGUGCAAGCCCUGCUUGGACUGUGGACUCAUCAACCGCUUCCAGAAGGGCAACUGCUCCACCACCAGCAACGCCGUGUGUGGCGACUGUCUGCCGGGAUAUUACAGGAAGACGAAAUUAAGUGGUUUCCAAGACAUGGAGUGUAUACCCUGUGGGGACCCGCCGCCUCCUUACGAGCCUCACUGCAGUGGGCGUGUGAACCUGGUGCCUCUGCCCCCGGCGGUGACCAGCCCGAGGGACAUGGCCCUGGCUGCGGUCAUCUGCAGCGCUCUGGCCACCGUGCUGCUGGCCCUGCUGGUCCUGUGUGUCAUCUACUGCAAGAGACAGCUGCUGGAGAAGAAGCCCAGUGCGUCCUCUCUGAGGUCCCAGGACUGUCCGUACAGCGGAGCAGAGCUGUCCUGCCUGGACCCCCGCUGGCUACAUGACUUUCCACAGAGACCCUUCUGUCAGUGUCACCUGGGACCCGGGCACACCUGCGGUCCCGUCCACCUGAUCCCAUCUCUGUGUUGUGAUGAGAGCUGCAGUCUGGGCCGCAGCCAGGACAACAGUCCCUUCCAGUCCCAGACGAGUCUCAGUGACAGAAAUGCAAAUCUAGACGAGGAGGGCGCCCCGAUGCAGCUGGAACACCCAGAGUUUGUCUCAGCAGAGGCUGGUGGGGCGAUGGGAAACUCGGAGCCUGCAGGAAGACUGGAGGUGGAAGAGGACGAGGAUGGUGAGGGUGACAAGGAAGAAGAAGGGUGCGGGUCGAGGGAGAACUCACCCGAGAGGACCAGACAGAGCUGCAGUGAAGCUGUGACGGAUGCACUUCUUCCCAAACAGCACCCAUCAACUCAGGAAGGAUGACAUGGACUUCUUUGGCUCACGUUCCACCCUUGAACCACCCUGGACUCAACAACAGCCGCGGCCAGAUCCCGUUUCAGAUUACUCUCCCCGACACACACACAUAUUUUGAAAUGCCUGCUGCUGACCUCAGAGCCCCUCGUCAAAGCAUCCAAACCGAAUAUGUACACACAUGCAAACAAAAGUACUGCUGAGGAAACGCAAAGCACUAGGGCAAAGGCAAAGAGACACACACACACACACACACACACAACACAGCAUACAACACACACAGAAUGUGAACUCACUGGCCCAGAAGGUGAACUGGAAUGAAGUUCAAGCGUCAAAAGGAGUACGGACUUAUUAUCAUGGAGCAGAGUGAAUCGAGGUGAGCCUCUGCUCUGCCUCGAGAAUGUCUCACAUCUUCACAUGUAGGAUGACAUGAACUGUACCACUCAUCUAGCAGCUGGUGUUUAUGAAGCUUUUGUGUGUAAAUGGUAACAAGUUGUAAAAUUUAAGGUGUGAAGAAAAGUGUCAAAAGUGAUUAUGUUGCACAUUGAAGACAAUCUUGAUGAUAUGGAGCAAGUUAAGACGAGGAAUGUUUAAGUGAUAAAUAUGUUGUAGAUACUGUAAAAUAGUAAAUAGCUCAAUAUUUUUGUAACAUAGACAUGACUGACAAUAUGUUUGCUUUUCUUCCCCCAGUUGUAGUGCUGAUGGAUGUGAACAGUCAUGUCCAUAUAUUGUUUUUGUAAAUAAACCACUUGAACAAGUUUA